GUGUUUCAGAGUGUUUUCAGACAUUUUAAACCUCACUAUCGUGAACCGAUGAAAAAAAUGUUCCUCAUAUUCGUAUUGUUCUGUUCAUGGCGUCUGGUUGGAGUGUUUGGUGCUAUAUCACAGGCAUCAGAUGUAGUGGUGGAAGGAGAGUUUGUCACUCUAAAUGCUGGUUUUACUCCAAUAAAGCCAGGUGAUUGGAUUCAUUGGUCGUUUGAGAAUAAUAUGAUUGUUGAUACCAAUGUUACGACUGGCAGCAUGACUGUAUAUGAUAAUGUUCUUGAUGGGAGAUUCAGAGACAGACUGAAGCUGGACAGUCAAACUGGAUCACUGACCAUCACAAACAUCACAACUAAAAAUGCUGGAUAUUAUAGUGUAUCAACCAGCGAACCAAUGAGGAUAACAUAUAGUCUCACUGUUUAUGCUGGGAAGUCAGUGUCCGUGACGGAGGGAGAUUCAGUCACUCUAGAAUCUGGUCUUACUGAAAUAAGUGAAAAUAGCAUACAGUGGGAGACUGAAACAAAAAAUCAGUUAAAUUCUUUGAUAGCUGCAAUCAAUAGAGCAGCUGGAAUGUUCUCUACAUUUAAUGGUGCAUUUGGGAUAUUAAGAGACAGACUGAAGCUGGACAAUCAAACCGGAUCUCUGACCAUCACAAACAUCACAACUGAACAGGCUGGACUUUAUGUACUACGGUUAACAAAACAGUCAAAAGCAUUCAGAGUUUCUGUCUAUGUGCGUCUGCCGGUUCCUGUCAUCAGCAGUAACUCUACAAACUGUUCUUCAUCAUCAUCAUCAUCAUCAUCAUCAUAUUGUUCACUGCUUUGUUCAGUGGUGAAUGUGAGUCAUGUGACUCUCUCCUGGUAUAAAGGAAACAGUUUAUUGUCCAGCAUCAGUGUGUCUGAUCUCAGCAUCAGUCUCUCUCUACCUCUGGAGGUGGAAUAUCAGGAUAAAAACAGCUACAGCUGUGUGAUCAACAAUCCCAGCAGCAACCAGACUCAACAUCUGGACAUCAGCAAGCUCUGUCAAACAUGUUCAGGCUCUGUCCACUGCUGUGGUUCUACUGAAGCUGUGAUCCGAUUGGUCCUCUCUGCUCUGGUGGGCGUGGCUACUGCCAUUGUUCUGGUUUAUGACAUCAGAUCCAGAAGAGCUGAACAGGCUCGAGCACAGAUUCACACAUCAGGUGGCUCAUUUCCUCCAUAGAAGAUCAUUUGAGAACAAACCAUUACAAAUUCUCACAUAAAUGCUCAAAAUGCUACAUAAAAAAACAUAAAAAAAUGUUUAAGAUGACCAAAUAUUUAUUUGCUAAUGCUAGAUUAUGUAAUAUAAAAUGCUUUUAUUUUAAUCAUUUUUUAAAUAAUCUAAUCUUCUCAUUCAAUUUGAAAGGCUUUUUUUAAGGAUUUAUAUUUUCUUCAGAUAAGACUAACCGAUCACACUCUACUGCUGA